AUUAACUUCUUUUAAAAUAUGUCAAAAUUUCAUUUAUAACCUCAAUGAUAAACGAACAAUAAUAAACAUGUUAAAUAUUACAAAAUUAUUUAUAAAUAAUUCGAUGCGUUUAUCGCAUCGUUCAAUAUAUACGACAAAUAUUAGAUUUAAAACAGAAGACAAAAAACAAAUGUUAGCAUCAAUGCCGGUCAAAGAUGAAGGUACCGUUGGUGAAAAAGUAAUUGACAUCGAUACUUUAGUUAGUGAUAAAUCGUUUCAACGUUUUCCGAAUAUUAACACACACAAACAACUAUUUAAUGGUAUUCCUUUUGAUGAAAUACCAAUUUGUAACGUAAAGGUGUCACCAAAUAAUACAAUUCUAAAUAUAACGGAUCACAAGGGCAAAACACAAAUGAUUCGAUCAUGUGGUGUUGAAGGCUUUAAAAAUACACGAAAGGGAACAAAUAUAGCAGCACAAGCUACCGCAAUUAGUAUAUCAUCACGGGCUAUUGAACGUGGACUAAAAACUGUACGUGUACGAGUUCAAGGCAUUGGUCCAGGACGAAUGUCAGCGAUUAAAGGAUUACAAAUGGGUGGUUUAGAUAUAAUUAGUAUUACAGAUAGUACUAGAGUGUCAUGGAAUCCACCCCGUCCACGUAAACAGAAGAAACUUUAAACAUAUUUUUCAUGUGCUUUGUACUAAGUUUU